AUGUGUGGUAAACUUUUUGAAGCGUUUCUAAGGCAUUAUAUAAUUAAAUUCCCGGAGGACAAGAAGCUCCUUUCUGGCGAACUACAACCGACUAGAAAUGCCGGUAACUCACCAGAAUGCUGGUAUUUCAAUGAACUCGCAAACUCUACAGGUAACAUUAUAACCAACUCUCAUUUUCAUUUGACAUAGGCUUCUUCUUAUUUUACUCUAUUAUCAAAAACUAGCCUUUCCUCCUUGGUUGUGUUACUUGUGUUCUGUAAUCAGACAUGGGUGAUAUGAACGUAACCACAGGCGUUCUUAGUAUAUGGUGUUCUUGGUGGAGCAUAUAUACACUACAGCGUUUAUCAUCUAACCAUCAUAUUCUUUAUUGUAACACAUUUUUAGAUGCAUCUCCGGAAUGGACUACAAACGCGGGUAAGAACCCAGAGAGCAGCCUAAAUCAAGCCAAGGGUUAUAGUCGCAUGAGAGUCUUCCAAAUACCACAGGUUUUUUCUGGAACUGAAGAGCUACAGUAUCUAGCAUAA